AUGACUGCUCGAGUCGCACCCGGCUCUUCAGCCUACGCUGAGCCGCCAGCUAUCGUUUCCCCUAAUGCCGACCACGAUGUCCUACGAGGCCGUAAGAGAGAACGAAGCAUGACCCGAGGAAGCGUCCGCUCAUUCCGAGCUGCUCCAACAGACGAGUCCAGCAACUUGCGAGGCCGCUCUCGCCGCCGUGCUGCUUCCCCAGCUCUGAGCUACGCAUCUCGACCAUCCUCACCUAGAAGAGUGCCAUCUCCCACAAGACGUCGACUUCUCCAUGCCCGCCUCCGCCGAGAACAUUGUCCUUCCCGUGUUGCGUCUCCUGUCGAGCAGCAACUCCAACAGCAUAGACCAGUUCGACGAAGGCAGCGAACUCGGAGCCAGAGCCGGGGCCCUCGGUUGGAGAUGGAGCUCUCAGCUCAGCAUUCCACUGAUGGGUUUUCAGGACUACGGAACGAGGUCCGAGCCUCAUCUUCUGACACAACAGACGAGGCCAAGUCCAACGCAUAA